GAAGCUGCAGGAGAGAGAGAGAGAGAGAGAGAGAGAGAGAGAGAGAGAGAGAGAGAGAGAAUGCCGAAGAAGAGCAGUGGUUGGAAAGGGAAGUCCGCAAGGAAGCCGCUUUCAGAGAUUACCAACAACGGCACACGAGCAAAAUCAUCAAAUCCAAGAAACAAAAUCUCAUCAACAGAAGAAGAAAAAACAGAAGACGGAUCUCUCGAUCGCCUUCUCCUUGCUCAUUCUCACCUAUCCAAUCUCACUCAACAGAUUGAUGAACUGGUUGCUCAAGCCUGCAAACUUAGGCCAACAUGUAAAAUUGGGAGCCAUGAAAUUGAGUCCUUCACACAUGUAUUAUCCGAAAUGCAUUCAUCACUGAAGCCAUGGCUUCUAAGAUUUCAACAAGCACUCUCAAGUCCGUUGGAGUCCAACAAUCAGUUGGAACAAUCUUUAGAGACCGAAACUGUUUCUGCUGCAAAUGAAGAAAAAUGUGAUGUUACUAACAUUCCAGAAGAACCUGACCUGGGCUCACUAAUCUCUCCUUCACCCCUUGUGUCUUGGCGUGGUGGGUGUAGAAUUGAGAAUGGAAGACAGCUGUUUCUGCUCACACCACUGCCAAGAUCGAAAGUACUAUCAUCAAGGCUUCCUGGCUCAUCUAGAUCAGUAUUAGAAAAAGUUCCUAACAUGGAUGCCCCCUCUCGUACACUUUCAUUGCCUCCACUCUCGACCACUUCUGGGAUUUCUCAUGAUGAUUUGUUGGAAAAGGUAGAGGUAAAAUCAAUACCAGAAAAAUCCAAGUCUGUUGUUGAAGAACCAGAAACUACAAUGAGCUGCAGGUUUGUUUCUCCACCAAAAAUUGCAAAUCAUAAUAGCAGAGAUCACUCAAUGUAUCUUAUGACUCCACUCAUGAAAAUGUCGCCACCAAAGACAUGCAUGCUACUUGAACCAAUUCCUGAGCCCUCUCAGCAACAGAAUAAUGGCAUCCCCAAGUUGACGCCAUUGGCUGUUAGGCUUAAAAAAUGCAACAAUUCCUUGACUUCAGAAACCUCAAGUGGCCAAGUUUCAGAUGGUUUGGGAUCCAAGUAUCCCAGACUCUUUGGGAUACAGUUGUCUCAUAAGCCAGCUGUUAGAAGGGAAGAAAUGGAAACAUCUCUGGACUGGUUUUUAUCACCCCUGAAGACUUGUGUUCUGAUGGAGACACCCAAUGAGAAGUUAACAACAAACCCAGUGGGUAUUGACUUAUCCAGUGCUGAAUCUGAACUGGAUGUAGAACCGUCGCAUUUGGUUUGUGCACAAGACAAGAAAGUUCUUGGUGGAUGUCAACCAACCAAACAGUCUUACAACCAUGGACUUUCCACUGCAACCUUUGCAGCUCCUGAGAGCACUCCUCUGUGGAAGGACAUUGAAAGCACUGUCCAAAAAGGUAAGCAGCCUGGUGAAAACACACUUAAGAGGGAAUUGUGGACUAAAUUUGAAUCGGUAUCCACAAAUGUCUUGCGGUACGAUGUCUCCCUCUUCCAAGAGAAGAAAAGCAAAGGAUUUCUUGACCGGCUCGAAGAGGUCUCUUGCGAAGACACGGGUUUGGAGUCCAAAGGUUUAAGAUGAUAAAAGCUUCAGGGUGAUGCAGGAUUACAUUCAUCAGUAAGUGGCGAUGUACUGCAAAGUUGAUUCCUCAGUAUCUUACCAUAAUCCUGAAUGGUGUUGGCUCAAUGGCAAUUUUGUAUUUGUACUUGCAGCACUAGAAACAUGAGUCUUGCAGACUUCUAAAGUACACUGCUUUAGUAUCUCUUGACUUAGUCCUUAAUCAUAUACUUGAAAAUGGUUUAGUUCUUUUUCUUCA